CAUGUGAGUGAGUGUUAGUGGAGAAGGAAUCUUAUUUGGAAAAACUCAACACAAAGAAAGAGCUUUCUUCUUUUGGGUUCUGUUAUGGUUCUGGGUGUGAGUGAGUAAACUCACUGAGUUGUGUUAUCUGAAUCAGAAGACUGAGAAUGUCGACUUUUAUGAAAUCUACUAAUACUGCUACUGCUGCUGCUGCUACUACUACUCAACCAGCUACUUCCAAUGAAAGAGACAACCACCAAAGGACUCAGUCUCAAGCUUAUGAUGAUGGCACUCUCUGCUGCCCCAACGGCCAUGGAACCUGCUCUCUCAAGAUCUCCCACUCCCAACGCAACCCGGACAGACCCUACUACACUUGCUCUAGUUGUGGGUUCUUCAAAUGGGCUUCUGAUCAUCACCACCAAGAUGAUGUCGGUAGGCUUAAACGGCUGCGCCUUCUUCCUCAGGACUACCCCGGCUGUGGUUGCGGCGCCGGGAAGUGUAAGCUCGUAUUGGGUUACUUUGUUUGCCCCAUCGAAAAGGGACAUGGAGCUUGUAGUUUUCGAGCUCAGGCCACGGCACCUGGAAUUGUGAACUCUGUGUUGAAUGAGGGUAGUCCAGUUAGCUCUGAGCAUCCAAAGAGAACGAAAUUGGACUCUUCAGCGGUAGUGGUGGUGAAUAGUAGUCCUCCUGAUCCACCAUCUACGCCUGCAAGCGCUGCUGCUGGUGUUGGUGGUGGUCCUUGCUUAGAGAGAGAUGAGCACGAUGGUGACAUUGAUGUUGACAUGCCUAACAAUCAGGACAUGGGAACUGGAGAGAAAGAGCAAGAACAAGAGCAAGAGCAAGUGCAAGAGUUGGAGGAAGUUAUAGUGGACAUUACACUCCAAAAUUCUUGUUUAGAAUCAGAUACCACUCAACUUGGCCAAACUGAGAUUCUGAACCAGAUUUCUGCAGCUACUUCCAAUAUAAGAGAAAACCACCAAGGGACGACUCAGUCUCAAGCUCAUGAUGAUGGCACUCUCUGCUGCCCCUACGGCCAUGGAACUUGCUCUCUCAAGAUCUCCCACUCCCAAUCCAUCCCGAACAGACCGUACUACAUGUGCUCUACUUGUAGAUUCUUCAAAUGGGCUUCUGAUCAUCACCAUCAAGAUGAUGUCAGUAGGCUUAAACGGCCGCGCCUUCUUCCUCAGGACUACCCCGUCUGUCGUUGUGGCACUGGGAAGUGCCCCAUCGAAAAGGGACAUGGAGCUUGUAGUUUACAUGCUGGGGCCAUGGCACCUGGAAUUGUGAACUCUUUGUUGGAUGAGGGUAGUCAAGUUCACUUUGAGCAUCCAAAGAGAACGAAAUUGGACUAUUCAACAGCAGUGGUGGUGAAUAAUAGUCCUCCUGAUCCACCAUCUACGCCUGCAACCGCUGCUGCUGGUGUUGGUGGUCGUCCUUGCUUAGAGAGAGAUGAGCACGAUGGUGACAUUAAUGUAGACAUGUCUAACAAUCAGGACAUGGGAACUGGAGAGAAAGAGCAAGAGUUGGAUGGUGUUACAGUAGACAGUACACUUCAAGUUUCUUGUUUAAUAUCAGAUACCAUUCAUCGAAACCAAACUAAGUUUCUGAACCAGAUUUCUGCAGAUGCAGAUCCUAUGAAACAAAUACUAGGUAGGCUUGUUUUGGGUUGGUUGGGGAGGCUUGUAUUCCCUCCAUCUGGAACUCUUGUGGUGCCUAAGUCAAGACCUUUCUUUUGCUGUGUUUUCCCAUCGUUUGAUCCAAUCUAUGUCCCCAAGGCCAAAGGUGUUGAUGCAGUUAAUUCUAGAGCCUUAAAUGAGUGUACUCGUCAUGAUGAUUUGAAUGGUGUUGCAGAUACAUCUACACAAAUUCCGAGUCAGGAUUCUGAAUGCAGCGGCAUUCUAAUGGAACUUUCAAGCAUUAAGAAUGUUGGUGGUGGUGUAGGAGAAAGGGUAUUAGAUCAAUUCAUGGGACCAAUCUCAAAGGCACUUGGGGAAGCAGCGUUACUUGUACAAAAUCAGCUAAUGAGUAUUCUCGAGUCCAUGAAUCCAGCGAACCACAAUUCGAUGAGAGAAGCAGCGAACAAGACAUUUUCUGUAUUGAAACUUCUGUCAAUGGAUCAUAGGGAGUUUUCUGAGCGCGUGACAAAGUUCAUUUCGUGUACAACAGAGUUGGCCAAGAUAGAAGAUGAGUGGAGGAAGAAGAGGGAACUAAUGCUGCUGCCGGAAGAGAUUGAGGAUUGGUUCGAGAAUGAGAAGGCCAAGUUUGAUGAGAUAGCGGAAGAGGAGAGGGAGACGAUGGCUGCAAUCGCUGCUUCUGAUAAGCGAGUGGAGUGUAUUGGAGAAGAGGUAAUGCGGCUGAGGGAAAAGCUUGCUGGGAUGGAGAAAGAGUUGAGGCAUAGGAAGAUGGAGAACGGGGAGCUCAAAUGGCGAGCGGGGAUGGUAAAAGAAAAUAUGGUGGCGGCGAAUAAGAAGAUGGAGGAAGCAAGAGCAGCAAAGAUGGUGCAUCAGGAGCGAGCUGCUGCAAUAGAAGCAUUGGAAAGGGCCAGGUUUCACCUUCGACAUAAUCACUAAGUACUUACUUAUCAAUAUGUAUGUAUAUGCCGUAUGAUGAUAUGUUAAAUGUAGAUAAGAUGGGGUAAUGACUAAUAUUGUAAAUUGCACCAUUAUCGUAACUAAGAGCGUUU